CAAUAACUCUAGCAUUUAAUCUUCCUUCAGGUUUUCCUUGAAUUGUUAUUUGUCCUUGUUACUAUUGUAAAAAGAACUUUUUCUAUGCAAUCUAUAAAGUGGAGGUGUUGGACUAGGUGAUGUCUAAAAUAUUCUUUCUGGCUCUAAGAUUAAAUGAAUUUCUUUCUCCUGCAUGAAUAUCAGUGGCCUAGGACUCCUCUAUAUUAUUCUGUCCGCGAUAGGCCUCAGUAUAAAGCCAAGCUCUAGAUACUCUAGAUGUCAUGUAUCAAGUCAUCAGUUCAUUUAGAUUCCCUGUUUAAACCAGCAAGUCUGACAGGAUAAGUGGGAAAAUGCCCAAAUCACUUUUGGAAUUAUUUUAUGAGGGUUAAUAAUUUUCUACUUGAAAAAGAAAGAGACAAAAAACCACAAUCAAAGCCACAUAAUCUAAGUCCUAUCUAAUCUUGCAUUAAAAAAAAUAAUAAAGAAAGAUACUCAAAUGGGACCUGCUUGUGAAAUUCCUUCUUUGAUAGAGUAGUUGGUUGUCCUCAUCCAGGAGAACAGAUAUCACCAAGAUGGGAGGAUGAAAAUCCCUACUAAUAAUGGAUCCCACCGAGGUAUUUGAGUUGGCCCUUUGGCAAUGUUAGGGUUAAUAUACAUUUCCUGUGAGUUGAAGGUAGGAAGGAAGGCUAGAGGAGAAGUGUCAGUGUGAUGUAUUAAAUAUUACUUAAGAUUGCUUUGCUUUCAUUCAUCUGAAGGCUGCACUCUAUCUCUUUUUCAAAGCACCUCUGGAAGCCCAUCUAUCACUAUAGAAACAGGUAGAAAUACCUAGACUCUGCUUUCACCACUUUCACUUUAGUAUUGAUGAAAGUUUGGACAAGGAAAACGUGGGAGUGUGUCCUUCCUAAGUAUGUAGACACACUUUCUUCUCUCUCUGAGGUCUCCUUGCACAGAGGAAGCCAUCACUGAGAGUUGCAGGCUCUUGGGAAUUUCCUUUUGUUCCUACAAGAUAACCAAGCCUUCAGUGAGUGCAGCAGCAGUAUAAACAGUGGCCCCAAGAAGUAGAGGCACCUUUAGCCUUUGAGCAGAUUUCAUGGACUGACUGAAUGUUUGACCCACCUCUCAUCUCCCUGGCUGUGAGGUCUCCCUGCAACUGCUUUCUCUUUUCCGGUCUGAAGGAUGAUGAUUGUUUAUUUAGCAACUUCCUAUACUGACGGCAUGAUUACUGAGUCUCCCAGCACUGCCAGGAAAGCUUACUUUCUGGAGGUCUCCUGAGGUCCUUUGGGAACUGAUCUGACAUCAUAAUGUUUUGUGGGGAAAAGAAAUUACUAGAGACAGAAAGGAGAGUAAAAGCCAAUGAUCGUGAAUUCAAUGAAAAAUUCCAAUAUGCGAAUAACCGCAUCCAUACCUCUAAGUACAAUGUUCUCACCUUCUUGCCUAUUAAUUUAUUUGAACAAUUUCAACGGGUGGCCAAUGCCUAUUUCCUUUUCCUACUGAUUUUGCAGCUAAUUCCCGAAAUCUCUUCCUUGUCAUGGUUUACAACCAUUGUGCCUUUAGUCUUGGUGUUAACUAUUACUGCUGUCAAAGAUGCCACUGAUGACUAUUUCCGUCAUAAGAGUGAUAACCAGGUGAAUAAUCGACUUUCUGAAGUACUCAUCAAUGGCAGAUUGCAGAGUGAAAAAUGGAUGAAUGUGAUGGCAGGAGACAUCAUUAAACUAGAAAAUAACCAAUUUGUUGCUGCUGAUUUGCUCCUGUUGUCAAGCAGUGAACCACAUGGUCUCUGCUAUAUUGAAACUGCUGAACUUGAUGGGGAGACCAACCUAAAAGUCCGCCAUGCAUUACCAGUUACUUCAGAACUUGGAACAGAUAUUAGCAGGCUAGCAAAAUUUGAUGGGGUUGUUGCCUGUGAGCCUCCUAACAACAAAUUAGAUAAAUUCACAGGAGAUCUCUCUUGGAAAGAUAACAAGUACCCACUCAACAAUGAGAAGAUAAUUCUGAGAGGCUGCGUAUUGAGAAACACCAGCUGGUGCUUUGGAAUGGUUAUUUUUGCAGGUCCUGACACUAAACUAAUGCAGAAUAGUGGUAAGACUAAAUUUAAAAGGACAAGUAUUGACCGACUAAUGAAUACUCUAGUAUUGUGGAUCUUUGGGUUUCUGGUAUGUAUGGGAAUUAUUCUCGCAAUAGGAAAUUCAAUCUGGGAACACCAAGUUGGGGACUAUUUCCGAGCAUUCCUUUUUCAAGAUGAAGUAGUGAAGAAUUCCAUUUUCUCAGGAUUUCUUACGUUUUGGUCGUACAUUAUUAUUCUGAAUACUGUCGUGCCCAUUUCCUUAUAUGUGAGUGUGGAAGUUAUCCGGCUGGGUCAUAGCUAUUUUAUAAACUGGGAUCGGAAGAUGUAUUAUUCCAAAAAAGAGACACUUGCUGAGGCUCGAACAACAACACUCAAUGAAGAACUAGGCCAGAUUGAAUAUGUUUUCUCAGACAAAACAGGAACCCUCACUCAAAAUAUAAUGACUUUUAAUAAAUGCUCCAUUAAUGGAAAGACCUAUGGUGAAGUAUAUGAUGACCUGGGUCGGAAGACAGAAAUAAAUGAGAAAACAAAGCCUGUUGAUUUCUCUUUCAACCCUCAAGCAGAUAGCAAAUUUCAGUUCUAUGAUCAUAGUCUAGUUGAAUCCAUUAAACUUGGAGACCCCAAAGUACAUGAAUUCUUUAGGCUACUUGCACUCUGUCACACAGUGAUGCCUGAAGAGAAGAAUGAAGGAAAAUUAAUUUAUCAAGUCCAGUCACCUGAUGAAGGAGCUCUAGUAACAGCAGCAAGGAACUUUGGAUUUAUUUUUAAGUCUCGGACUCCAGAGACCAUCACAGUAGAAGAAAUGGGAAAAGUUGUUACUUAUCAGCUACUCGCCUUUUUGGAUUUUAACAAUAUCAGAAAAAGAAUGUCAGUUAUAGUUCGAAACCCAGAAGGGCAGAUAAAACUUUAUUGCAAAGGAGCAGAUACCAUUCUGUUUGAAAAACUUCAUCCAACUAAUGAAGAACUUAUGAUGUUGACAUCAGAUCAUCUCAGUGAAUUUGGAGGAGAAGGACUCCGGACCUUGGCCAUCGCAUACAGAGACCUAAAUGAAGAAUACUUUAAAGAGUGGUUUAAAUUGCUGGAAGAGGCAAACAGAGAAUUUGAUAAGAGAGAUGAGUGUAUUGCUGCAGCAUAUGAAGAGAUUGAAAAAGAUAUGAUGUUACUAGGUGCUACCGCGAUAGAAGACAAAUUACAAGAUGGUGUUAUUGAAACAAUUGCUAGUUUAUCCCUCGCUAACAUUAAGAUCUGGGUCCUCACAGGAGACAAACAAGAAACUGCCAUGAACAUUGGUUAUUCUUGUAACAUGUUGACGGAUGACAUGAACGAGGUAUUCAUCAUAUCAGGGCACAGUGCAGCAGAAGUCUGGGAAGAACUCAAGAAAGCAAAAGAAAUAUUGUUUGGAAGAAGCACAGGCUUUACCAAUGGCUAUGCAUUUUGUGAAAAACUACAGGAAUUAAAGCGGGGUUCAACUGUAGAGGAAUCAGUAACUGGGGAUUAUGCCUUAAUCAUAAAUGGGCAUAGUUUGGGCCAUGCACUUGAAGCUAAUCUACAGAGUGAAUUCCUAGAAAUUGCCUGCAUAUGUAAGACUGUGAUUUGCUGCAGAGUUACUCCUCUUCAGAAAGCCCAAGUGGUGGAAUUGGUUAAAGAGUACAGGAAAGCAGUCACUUUGGCCAUAGGAGAUGGAGCCAAUGAUAUCAGCAUGAUAAAAAGUGCACAUAUAGGAGUUGGCAUCAGUGGUCAGGAAGGAAUGCAAGCAGUUUUAGCCAGUGACUACUCCUUUGCACAAUUUCGAUAUCUCCAGCGACUCCUCCUGGUUCAUGGAAGGUGGUCCUAUUUCCGCAUGUGUAAAUUUCUGUGCUAUUUCUUCUACAAGAAUUUUGCUUUCACCCUUGUGCACUUCUGGUUUGGAUUCUUUUGUGGUUUCUCAGCACAGACUGUGUAUGAUCAGUGGUUCAUCACCCUUUUCAAUAUUGUCUAUACAUCACUGCCUAUAUUAGCCAUGGGGAUUUUUGACCAGGAUGUGAGUGAACAGAACAGCAUGGACUAUCCCAACCUCUAUAGACCUGGGCAAUUGAAUCUACUUUUCAACAAGAGUAAAUUUUUCAUCUGCAUUGCACAUGGGGUGUACACCUCCUUCGCUCUUUUCUUCAUUCCAUAUGGUGUAUUUUAUAAUCUAGCUGGUGAAGAUGGAAAGCAUAUUGCUGACUACCAGUCUUUUGCUGUUACCAUCGCUACAUCUCUAGUCAUUGUUGUUAGCGUACAGAUAGCCUUAGAUACCAGUUACUGGACAGUUAUUAACCAUGUUUUCAUCUGGGGCAGCGUUGCCACAUACUUCUCCAUUCUCUUUACAAUGCACAGUGAUGGCAUCUUUGAUGUCUUUCCAAAUCAGUUUCCAUUUGUAGGAAAUGCACGCCAUUCCUUAACCCAGAAAAACAUUUGGUUGGUCAUUCUUUUGACAACUGUGGUUUCAGUCAUGCCUGUGAUUGCAUUCAGAUUUAUAAAGGUGGAUUUAUAUCCAACUCUGAGUGAUCAGAUACGCCAGUUGCAGAAGGUUCAAGACAAGGCAAGACCCCUAAAGAGUCACAGACGUCAACCCCGGAGAACCAGCUCACGAAGAUCUGGAUAUGCAUUUGCUCACCAAGAGGGCUAUGGAGAACUUAUCACAUCUGGAAAAAAUAUGCGAGUGAAAAAUCUACACCCGACAUCAGGGUUGGGAAAGACGAUGUAUAAUAGCACUAGCUGGAUUGAAAAUUUAUGUAAGAAAACCACAGACACAGUGAACAGCUUUAGCCUGGAUAGAACAGUGAAACUCUGAGUCAAGAUGAAUUUGAACUAAAUAGUUUAUCUUUUAAAACUUCAGCUUGGGCUGAAAGUUGACUGGCCUCCAGGGGUUGGGAUUGGGGAAUGGUGGUGGGGCAGAUUGCCUCAUUUCAUUUUGGUCCAUGUCAGAUGUCUGCUUUAGUACCAGAUCCAGAGGGGCAUGUUUCACUGGAAAACAUGGGCCAGAUGGGGACAGUAUGCUUCUCUUUAUUCAGUGGAAGAAACACUAGCAAUGUAAAUAUACAUAUACACACAUUAUAUCAUUCCAGAUACCACUUGCUCUUUGAUUUUUAAGACUUCAUUUGGGAAGAUAAGAUUAUGAGUUGAGUUUUGUAUGCACACUGAGUAGUCUUUCAGAAAGAUGGAAACACUUUACAAUAUCAUUAAAGUCAUUUAAAAGGACAGCUGAGCACAUACAUGCCAGAGAAGUCACUUCUAAGAUACAACUUUAGUUGUCCAAAUUUGUACAAACCUUAACUAGAGAUGAUGCUAGCAUGCCACAUUCUCAUCUUUUACCUGCUAAUCCAGGACAACUAGCCAUUCGGAUCAGAUCGUCACCAACAAAAAUGAAUGUUGACCAUUCUUCACGUCAUUUCCUUCAUGAAUUUAUUCCUCUGGUCUAAGCAAUAUGUGUCUUAUCGCACAACAUGGCAAAAAGGGAAAUAUGUGUUAUAUUAUAAUAUAUGUAAAAUUUAUUUCAUAUUACUUGUUUUCUUGGGGAGGUAGGAAAAAAAUGAUCUCUUUCAUUUUACUACCAGUAAGGUAUCAAAGGGAAGGCAGACUGGUAACAAAUCUGUAUAGGCUGAUCGUUAAGAUUGUUAAACUGGAAAAUGUUAGGGUCAUGUCCAAAGAAUAUUUGAGUCUCCCUAAAUAUAUAUUCCAAAUUCUUUUUACUAGCAUCUGCAAUAACUAUAACUUUACUAAGUCAUCAAAAAUAUUAAAUAUCUUUUCAAGUUACUACUCUCUCAUAUUGUAAAGGCAACUUAUUUUCAGCAAUUGUAAUUUUUUAAAACAACAUGAAGAUUUAAACCUGAUAUUUCACCAUCUGAUUUUUGAAAUUUUCAUUUAGUUAUUCAUGUUUCAAUCCUUAAGGGAAUUUUGAGGUUUUUAAAAAAUUCUUUUAGGACUUUGCUGAUUUCAUACUUUAAUAUCAAUGUAGCUGUUCUUUCCACAAAUCCAAAUCUUCAUGCCUCCAUACUCAGUUUUUAGACCUAGAAUUUGAGGUAUCUUCUAAAGCUAUCUAACCCAACCCUCCCAUUUCCAGGAGAGGAACUGAGGCAAAGAGAACCUAUGUGACUGAGCUAAAGUAAUAUGGGUAGUAAGUGUUGGAGGCUGGAUUUGUACUCAGAUGCUCUGAUUUCAGAGUCACUGCUCUUUCCACUACAAUUUUUGUUGUUGCUCUCAGUUGUAAUGUUUACCAUCCAAGUAUAUCUUCCUUGGGGAAUGGUUAGUUGUCUCCAACCAAGAAGUGCCCAUCUGUAAGCAAGAGUGCCUAUAUCUAUCUGCCAGAUGUGGACUAGUGGACAAUGUCUCCUGUCCCUAGCUUUUACCAUGUCAGUAUUAAGGAAGAACUGCUUCUUUUCUUUUGUAAUGUCUUUUGAAAGAUUUAAAAACAUUCAGUAAAAGUUUGGCAUGUUUGAUCUUUAGUUUCUUUUUUAUUGGGAAGGAAACUGGGGACACUUUGUUGCUUUAGUAAAGGUUUUAAAAUGAUUUUUGUUGGGGUUUUUUCGUAUUUUUUUUUCCUCAUAAGUGCCUUGGGAGAUGCAUAUAAUUCUCAUGGUCAAAUUCAAAAUUUAAGUGAACUCUUUGUAUGUGUGUGUGGCAGGGUGGGGAGGAUGGAAGAAGUCCAACCUUGUUAAGUUAAGGUGAAGAUGAGGAUGUUUAUAAACUGAUACUGUCAGUGCAUGAGUGAGAGGAACACAUUAUCAAUUUACAACUGCCUCAGUGGUCCAAAGGACUGCUACAAAAAAAGUUCACUUUCACACAAGGAAAUUUGUUUCAUUCUUGAAUCCGUUACUGAGAUGGUUAUAAGGUUGGUUUUCUUUUUAACCCAUGAAAUUCUAUUUUUAUUCAAACUUCACUAGACUUUGCAAAGAAGACCUCUUUACAGACCAGCACUCAAAUAGGAGACCUAAAGUAGUAUGAAACUAUUAGUAAUGCCUUGGAUUACCAUGCACAACUACCAAUUGAAUUUUCCUAAAUUUCCAAAAAUUCCUAAAUUCCCAUGUUAAUCACUCUUCCUGCUUCUUCUGUGUACUCACAGGCACCUAAAAAAAUUAAGCAAAUUCAGUUACCAAAGAUAUAGUUAUGGAAAGAGCAAAGAGACUGAUUUGCACUAAAAGUAAUAAGUGCAAGUUCAGAAAGAUUUUGUGCUUAAGUAAAGCUUGUCUUGCUUUUUUUUAAUAGCUAUGCAUUUAUUUAGACUUUGACUCUUUUUGGGAAAAUGGGCCAAAAAUAUGUACAGUCUUCAUAAAGUCCUUAUACAUUUUAAAACUCAAAAACUGAAAGUUGACAAACCACACAAGGACUUUUUGUAAAUUAUAUUUAUGUACCCAUAAAUACAUAGGGGCACUUCAGAUACUUCCUAGCCAUAUGACCCUGGGCUAGUCACUUAACCCUGAUCACCUAGCCCUUGCUGCUCUUCUAUCUUAGAAUAGAUAGAAGGUCAUGGUUUUCAGGAGAAAAAAUAGAGAGGAAUACAUAUUGACUUUAGAGUUUCUGUAUAAUACAUUCUAUAAUAAUGCCUUUAUAAACAAUAUCAACAUUAUAAUAUGAUAUACUGGAUUCUUUAUUAGGUACUUUGCAAUACAGUUAAAGAUGCACUAGCCUUUAAUCAUAUUUCAUUUGAUUUUAAAAAUCUGAUUUAGAUGUAUGAUUUCAUUGACAUAGAAAAUUUCCAAGUAGGAAACCCAUUUGACCAAUGCAAAUCAGCAACUGCUGUGUAACUAAUAUUUUUAAUAAUUGCCUGAGUUAACCUCCAAGUGAUUAAAUGAUUUGCCCAUGGUCACCUAGUCAGUCUAUAUCACAGGAAGUGCUCAAACUCAAGUCUUCCUGAUUUGAAGACUAGUGAGCUCUCCCCCCUAUCAUACUGACUUUCAUUUUAUUUACAGGCAAAGAGUAUUUUAUAAUGAGGUUUCAGUAUACUUCCUUUACUGACAAUCAAAAAAAGCAAUAAAGAAGAGAAAAUAUAACACUGUGGAGUGUGGACUAGAAAUUGAAUAACUAAUUCUUUCAAGGAUUCAGUGUGAAAUCAAAGAAACUUACUGUAAAGAAGACUGUACUAUUUAGUCAGGAGACUUGGGUCCUACUCCAAAUUCUACUGCCAACUAGCUAGCCAGCCUUGGAAAGUCUUUUUUACCCUCUCAGCUUCCUCAUCUCUAAACUCAAGAUGGUGGAACUAAAUUAUCCCUACAUUUCCUUCCAGGUCUAAGAUUCUCUGAUUUUGCUUGUUUACCAUCUUUCUUCCCUGUUUACUUGUUUUCUUGGUCUUUCAAGUAUGUCAUUUUGUAACUGAAGUUGGAUGUUUCUUUAUAGCUGGCUACAAAAUCUUUUAUUUGUUGUACAUUGCCUAGAUAGUACCUAGGACAGUGCUGAGCACUGUUGAAUGAAUGAGAAACCUUGUCCACAAAAUAGAGAACUCCUUACAUAAUUGAACUAUGAUGUUUGGUCAUAGUACUUCGGAGAGUAGGAUAGUAGUAGAUGGGUGGAGGAAUAGAUGAAUUAGAAGAUUGACCUUUUCCCUGGAGGUAACAUUCAGAAGAGGACACAGGUCAAAUUUAUAUGAAAAAUGGGUAUUUGGGGAGGAUGCUUAUAGAGCAUAAUUAAUAAAAACUAUAAUAUUUAUAUAGUGUUUAUUAUGUACCAGCACUAAGUAUAAUUUUACUACAUUUAAUCGUAGGUGCAAUGAUUUUUCUCCAUUUUACAGAUGAGGAAAUUAAGUAACUUUCUCAAGGUCACACAGGUAGUCAGAGGACUGAUUUGAUCUCAGCUUUUCCUUUCUCCAGACCUUGUGAUUGACCUAUCCACUAUUCUACUAUUUGCCAUAAUCAGGAAGAACCUGUUUCUCUCUUUUUUUUUUCUACCUCCAUUGAACUAACUGUCUUCUUUAUAAACAUUUUUUCCCUUCAGGUAUUAACCUGGUAUUUGGGAAAAAUAAGGAAUGACAGUCAUGUGUAGGAAGCAAUACUUUUUCCUAUAAUUUAGACAUGAAUCUAUAACUAAGCAAUCAGAACAAAUCUCUCCUCUCUAUGCUCAGAAAAAGAUCAAUUGGGCAUCAAAUACUUCAAAGUUGAAACUUUAAGGCUUUAAAGGUGUGAUUCCUCACCCCCCUCUCCUUUCUCAAAUCCAUGGAACAACAUUUCUAUACAUUUGGCUUCUCUAAUUCAUCUCAACUUCAAACAAAGGACAAGUCUUAAAAAUUAAAAAAAAAUAUAUUCCAAAUGCCUUUGUUCUUUCUGGACAAUGGGAAAGUUUACAAACAAAAAACUAUCCAUUUUGAACUUAGAAUUCUGUGGAAUUAUAGUUGUGGAGACUAUGUACAAGGGAAAAAAUGGGCCCUCAAAUGUUUAUCCCAAAUAAUCUGUCAUUAUGAAUUUUGUGCAAGUAAAUUAUUUUAAUCUAUUAGUGUGCAUAGUUUUAAAAAAAAAAAACCUCUUCCAUUUCUGAAAUUGAUCUGAUUUUAUUUUAUUUUUGCCUUUCUUCGUAUCCACAGUGCUUAACACAUUGCCUGACACAUAGUAAAUGCUUAAUAAAUGCUUAUUGGCUGACCAAGUGAUUAUCAGGCAAAAAUCUCUCUCGUUUUUCUUCACUUUGUCCUCCUGUCCUUUCUUCUUUCCUCCAUGUUUCCUUCCUUCUCUCUCCUCCCUUUCUCUUCCUCUUUUUCCUUUUUUCCUUCCACCUUUCCUUCCUUCCUUCCAAAUAAAGUUUAGCUACUAAAAAAAAACACAACUAAACAUAAUUAUGUUUCAAUUGAAAUAAUAUUAUGUUUCAGUCUGUAUAAUGGGUUUGGAGUGGUUAAAUAUUAGCUAUAACCAUAUAGGACCAUGAUUUUCUAAUUUUUACAUUAACAUCUGGUGCUAAACAUCUGCAAUUCACUCUUCCUGCGUCAUAUCUCAUUCCAAAGUGAGAAAUCAUGAACUUUUGCAAUUCUCAGGCUUAAGCAUUUCACUUAACUGCUUGGAAGGCUGAGCAAGACAACUCAUAUGCUUCAAAACUCAUUGCAAAAGAUUAUAUGGGUCUCAUUGUACGUAUUUGCAGGUCUGUGGCUAUUCCUUAAAUAGAGAAGUGGCCUCUCUGUCCUAACAUUUCAAAAUUUCCAGUAAGGCCUAUGUUUUGUUUUGUUUUUCUUCCUGUAACUAGCAUAAAAUAGAAAUCAGCUUAGAGAUGUGUACUUAAAUGUCCAGAUUUCAUUCUAAAAAAACAAUAAAUUUAAUUGAUGCAUUGGCCAGGAUUUUCUGACUAGGAUAAAUUGCAUUCCUGUUGGGUUAAUCAUGAUAAUUUGCAAUUAAAAAAAAAACUUGAACUUUGUUUUCAUAUAGGUGGGGGAUAUGCGGAAAAUUUAACUGAGUUUUUGACCAAGCGUUCUUUUUGUUGCACCCUUUGUUGGAAAUAUUUCCAAGUUGUCAUCCUUCCAUUCAAGUUAUCUUGGUCCAUUUCCCCCUCGGAUAUGUUUUUUAUAAAAUCUAAGUGAAUUUUAAUUUUUUAUUUUUUUACAAUGUAUUACUUUGUACUUUCAAAGAGUUCUCAUCUUAUGGAUUGAUCUAUAUUUGGACCAAUGUUGAGGUAUAAGGAAGGUGGAAUAGGCUUAAGUUGUAUGCUUUUCACUCAAAGAAGUAAAUGGCUUUAUUGUUAGAGGUACAUUGAAACCCUAAGGUCAGCCACUUUUCUUUAGAUGUCAUUUAGAUAUUCUUUCUUCUAAAAGUAAAAUAUAGACUCCAAAAUGCUAAUUAAGGAUUCUAAAGAAUUAUGUUAUGGCUAAACAAAAUUUUAUUUUAUGUCUAGAAAACAUAAUAUGAAAUUAAAAUUUUAAAUUGUAAUUAGAUUUUACUUUUUCUGUGGUACAUAGCUUUAUGAAAUCAUUUAGCAAAAAUGCUCCUAUUGAAAGCAAAUUAAAAAAUUGAAAAAGUUUUUAGAAUGGAAAUCAAUAUACUAAUUAUUGAAUUAUCUAGUUCAAAUGCUAUAUUCCAAACAAUCGUGUUAAUUUCUAUUCACAUAUUAUAUUUCCAAAAUCCUUUUUGUAUUUAAAUGAUUUUGCACUUAUUAUUGUAUAAUUGUCAAUUCAGUAUUUUGUACAAAUAAAACAUUUGCAAAUAAUAAUGGCUCUGAGAAUUUGGUGGGGUUAAUGAAAUGUGGGACUUUAGAAAAAAAAAUCCUCCAAAUUGACUAUGAUCAAUAAGAGACACAAUUACUAGUUUCUUGGAAACUAGUGGCUUUUAGCACACAGACACAUUUAAAAAUCUUUCCAUUAUCACAUUAUUUGUUCCAGAGCACAUGCCCUUACUACUCCUGCCAAAUUGUCACACUAUAAAAGCCCAGUGAUGACAUUAUAAAAGCAAAUGACUUUAUUAAGACAACAUAAAUGUGGAAACUAGGCUAUUUGUAAUUUUUCAACCUCAACCUACCCAAGUGCAUAGAAAAAAAUAAAGUGAAAUUAAAUAAUAAUAAAAAUAACAAAAGCACUUUAGUGAUUUCAAGAACAGUUAAAAUAGGUACAGUUCCCCCCCCAAAAAAAAAAC